AUCAUGUGCAGGUUGUAAACAUCAGUGUUCUGUGGUGUUAUUGCGUAGAGCUUAAGGUUGCAGUUUGACAUUCGAGUUUUUAAACGUUGUCGCUGCAGUUGCGUACAAAAUCAGUGUUGUUGUAACUGUCAAUGGAGAAAUGUUUCAUGAAGUGGCUUGCACUUCAAAAGAAGACACUGUUUUUUUGGUCCACUGGCACACACAGAUGCAGAUUUUCCCGAUUAUUAAGUUCUUCAGAAGUUUCGACAGCUUUGCGACCAUUUUAUUUUUCUGUGCAUCCUGACCUCUUUGGUCAGUAUCCAACUGAGAGGACUGUGAAUGAAAAUUCUCUCAAACAACUUAAUUCAUACCUCGAAUUGCUGCAGCAAAAGCGACCAACAAGGCCAGCAACACUUACUUUUUAUCUGAGGUCUCAGAGUCCUAGUUAUGACAACACUGUAAAAGGUUUGUUUCGAACAGUGAAGAUUAAUCUUUCACACAGAGAUUUACGAAAAACUGUACAUGGUAUUUUAAAGACGUGUAACUUACCAACUGCUUAUGUAGAGAGGAUACCUGAAAAAUCUGACACCACAAGUCCAAAUGAAUUCAAGUUUGAUGCAGUAAAAUUUGAACAGAACGAUCCCAUGUAUGGAAGCUACAUUCUUAAAAGUAAAAUUAAAAAAGCAAAGGAAACAGAAACAUUAAGGUCCUGGCUGGAGGAAAAUGUAACUGUGGCUCGAGAGAAGCUGGCUGCUAGAAAGCCUGUAAGGACAGAAAUUGUAAGACUACAGGAUACAUUAAGAAAAUCUUUGGGCCUUAAAGCAAUAUUGUGGGAUUGUGGCUGGAAUGUGACACACUUUCGUGGUUGCUUGCAAAGUUUCCAGGCGUUGGUACGAAACCAUCCUGAAAUUGUUGGCUCUCUACAAGGAAGAACUCUGCUGUUUGGUAAUGACACUGGAGUGAGUCUGGAUGGACAUAUUAUGCUCAACAGUGGAGAAGUUAGGCACAAUUGGCUAGAUCUAAUAAAAAAUUUGCACAAACAAGAUGAUGCUCUUCUACGAAUCCCUGCAUUUGAAAAGGCUGUAUCAAGGGUUCUUAAGGAUAUCAAAGUUGUAAGAAGGAAAUUUCAGCCAAAAGUGAUGGCAAAGCACUAUGAAAAUCAUUUACGUCGUCUUAUGACGUCUCUUGGUGACUACAGAGGAAGAACUGGCUAUCCUAGGCACUGGCCCAACACACUGGAAAACUAUGAAUUAGUUGUAGAAACGGAAGCAGGCCCAUUGAUGCUGUCUCCUACUGGGCAGUUCAUAGUUCCUGCAUCGUGCCCUGGUUUUCUUGUUGUCAAUUUUAUAGACGGAAACAUGGAGAAAGCUGAAGAACUCCUUGUCUGCUACCAACAUGAUAAACAUAUUGAACGAGACCUCUGUAAACAGUGUGAAGAGGUAUUUCAAUUGGAAGCCCUACAGAAAGAUGACAACAUAACACCUGAAUUGAUGAUAGAAUGUUGCACUCAGUUGCUGAAGAAUGUGGAUGUCCUUGUACCAGUCCUGAAAGGUGUGCACUUGUGGGUUACAAACUAUUAUUCAGUUCUCUCUGGUGGAGAAAUGUGUAUACCCUGGAAUUGGAAACUCUGAUUUUUUUGUUCAUAGAGUUCUUGAUUAAUGAGAGAAAUAUCUUAAAUAUGUGUAGAAUGAAGAAUGAUAAUGUUAUUUGACAAUAUGGCUUUACUUAACUCUGUAGCAAGUAAAUUAUUGUGAACCAUAUAAAUAUAAUCUGUAUAGUAUUACAUGAAUGCUCAGAAUGUGAAAGGAAAGAUAAAUUGUUACAGAAUAUGUUUUUGUAUCACAAUGUACCUGAAAAUUAAAA